UCUGGCUGGAAGGUGAACGUGAUGACGGCCUGGUCUAUGGUGGAAAGGCUGAAAAUGGAGAAGAGGCGUUGCCCAGAAGAGAGACCUGUAGAGCAGGAUGGCGGGGAUUGCAGCGCCGAAUCUGAAGAAUGGACCAGCUCAGAAAGUGAGCCGGAGCAGCCCGGCUUCAGGAACAGUGCUGGCAACACCCCGUGGCGGGAGAAAGAGCUUUCCCACAAGCCCCAUCGGCAGCUCUGCCGCUCUCCGUGCCUGGAUCGUCCCAGUUUCUCACAGAGCAGCCUCCUUCAGGAUUUGAAGUUGGAAGAGAACAAAGCCAACUUGAACAAGGAGUAUCAAUCUAAAAUUGAUUUUGCUGUAAAGCUGGGCUAUGCCGGAGAUCAGAUUCAAGCUGUGUUGAACAAGCUGGGUCCUGACGCUCUAAUCAAUGACAUUUUAGCAGAACUUGUGCGACUUGGAAACAAGGCUGAGAGUGAAGGACAAGCCAGUACUGGAAGCACCGCUAGCAGUGCUGGCCCUGGGACAAAGGAGGCGGCCAGCCCGGAACUGUCUCUGGAAGAUGAAGUGGUGGACAGCUCUGACAAUUUGAGACCGAUCGUCAUUGACGGAAGUAACGUGGCAAUGAGUCACGGGAAUAAAGAAGGAUUUUCCUGUCGGGGGAUUCAGCUAGCUGUCGAUUGGUUUCUGGAAAAAGGUCACAAAGACAUUACAGUAUUUGUGCCUGCAUGGAGAAAAGAGCAGUCUCGACCGGAUGCACCAAUUACAGAUCAAGAAAUUUUACACAAACUGGAGAAGGAAAAAAUCCUUGUCUUCACACCAUCUCGGCGAGUUCAAGGCCGAAGGGUAGUCUGCUACGAUGAUCGCUUCAUAGUGAAACUGGCUUAUGACUCUGAUGGCAUCAUUGUGUCAAACGACAAUUACCGCGACCUUCAGAACGAAAAGCCAGAAUGGAAGAAAUUCAUUGAGGAACGGCUGUUGAUGUAUUCUUUUGUGAAUGACAAGUUUAUGCCUCCUGAUGACCCAUUGGGACGCCAUGGCCCCAGCCUUGAAAAUUUCUUAAGGAAAAAGCCCGUUAUUCCAGAACACAAAAAGCAACCAUGUCCCUACGGGAAAAAAUGCACCUACGGACACAAAUGCAAAUAUUACCACCCUGAACGAGCAAACCAACCCCUGAGAUCCGUAGCAGAUGAGCUUCGCAUCAGUGCCAAAUUAUCUGCUGUGAAAACAAUGAGCGAAGGAGCUUUGGCUAAAUGUGGCACAGGCACUCUUUCCAAAGGUGAAAUCAAUUCAGAAGUGAAGCGCAUUGCUCCCAAACGUCAGUCGGAUCCAAGCAUCCGUUCUGUGCCUGUGGAACCCGAGGAAAGGCUGUUGAUGACUCGGAAGUCAGAGGCCAACUCUGUUCCUUCCCUUGUUUCUGCGUUGAGUGUACCAACCAUUCCACCUUCCAAAAGCCAUGCCGUUGGGGCAUUAAACACCCGCUCAGCAAGUAGCCCUGUACCAGGGUCAUCUCAGUUCACCCACCAAAAGUCCUCACUGGAACACAUGGCCAGUGUCCAUUAUCCUCCCAUCCUGGUCACCAAUAGCCAUGGCACUUCCAUCAACUACACAGAACAGUACCCAAAAUAUGAGUCUUUAGGAGAUCAUGGCUAUUACUCCAUGCUCAGUGACUUCUCCAACUUGAGCAUUAGCAGCAUGCAUAAUACAGAUUAUUAUGGGGCUGAUGUAGACCAAGGUAUCUACUCAAGGAAUUCUAGCCCCUGUCCAGAAAGCUGCUUAAACCAUACAAGUAAUGAUUCUUAUUCCUCUUACACUGACUUGUACUUGGGUGUAGGAGAUGCAGGUCCAGAAGACAGUGUCAAGAUUCAUCGACUUCCCCCACAAAGUCGUCUUCAGCCAUUCUCCCAUGGCUACCACGAGAACUUAACUAGAGUUCAGAGCUUUGGUGCCGAAGGGUCGAAGCACCUUCCUCGCAAACAUUCAGCUUCCCAUUUAGCACUGCACGUCCAACACCCGGUUGUUGGCGCACGGUCCAGUUGCCCAGGUGACUAUCCGGUGCCUCAGAACAUUCACCCGUCAGCCACUGCCCAGCCAAGCCGUGCCCUCGUCAUGACGAGGAUGGACAGCAUUUCUGAUUCUCGGCUCUACGAAAGCAAUCCCGCUCGACAAAAAAGGCCGCCCCUCUGUCGAGAGCAGCAUGCCAGUUGGGAUCCAUUACCAUGUGCGUCCGACGCCUAUGCUUACCACUCCUACCCACUCAGCAACAGCCUCAUGCAGCCAUGCUAUGAGCCUGUUAUGGUGAGGAGUAUGCCUGAGAAGAUGGAACAGCUCUGGAGGAAUCCUUGGGUUGGAGUCUGUGGGGAGCCCCAAGAGCCCCACAUUAUCCCAGAGCAUCAAUAUCAAACGUAUAAGAAUCUCUGCAAUAUUUUUCCUGCUAGCAUUGUCCUCUCUGUAAUGGAGAAGAAUCCCCACAUGACAGAUGCACAGCAGUUGGCCGCUAUGAUUGUUGCCAAAUUGAGAACGGGGCGUUAA